UCUAAAUGUUAUUUAAAAUUUAGUUGCAUCAGAAAUUUCGCAAUAAAUAUUACAAAUUCAACAACACAUGGUGGCAUCACUACCAACAGCUGAUCGGUUGUCUGAUUAUUGCUUUUGUUUUGUUGUAUCGUUGCGUACUUGCAUUUCUCCGUUAAAAAGAAAGAAAAAGAAAUUUAUAUUAAUUUAUUGUCACAUUGUAUGCAGAAAACUUCAUAUUAAAAGCAUUCAAGCAAAACUAUAAAAUGUUUUGAAACAUUGCUAAUUGGUAGAUGGAGAGCACACAUUCGUGCAAACGAAUUGGAGGCGCAUAAGUCAUAGUAACUUUUGAGAGUCGCUAUGUCACAGCAAAUUCACCAGCUAGCGUGCCAGCAGUGAACUUUACACAGCAAACAGAGAGCAAAGGACAAUGUGGCCACGAUUUCUUGGCCGACGUAUCCUUUAUAUAACCAUCACAUUACUUGCCCUAAUAUUUUUACUAACGAAUUUACUUAAGUUUGGCGGUCUGCGCGCACUGCAUGCGGACAAUGUGCUUACCGUGCAACGCACACGCCCACUUAUCUGGCGGACACUACAGGAACACUUACUGCCCGAGGAGUCACAGAAUCGCACCAACGACCCAGACAUACACUGCCGCAAUUCGGUGCAAGGACGCUAUUUGCUCGUCGAUGAUCGCGGUUUUCUCUGUCGACGCGAACAUCUCUUGUUGCCCAGCAAUUGCUGUGACAUCGAAGUGCCCGAAACGCAAUAUUACACAUGCGAUACAUGCAAUACAACAACACAUUGCUGUGAUAUUUACGAAUAUUGUGUCUCCUGCUGUCUACAUCCCUCGAAACGUACACUGCUGGAGCUAGUGUUGGGCACAAUUACUGGACGUCAGGCUGCUGUUUAUGCGCGUGUCGAGGAUCAUUUCGAAUUGUGUUUGGUCAAGUGUCGCACGAACUCACACUCGGUGGCGCAUGAGAACAAAUAUCGUGAUGGUUUGCCUAAAUACUGUUAUGGACAGACGGAAGCGCACGAAUCACAGCGCGAAGUAUCGGGUGGCGUGGCACGUUGAUUGUGCCACACUAGUUAAUACAAAAGUGGUAGUGACAAAUCGGUUGAUUUAAAGGUGUUUUGUGUAUUACUGACUGACGUCUAUUAAGUUGCUUAGGAUUAUAGACACAACCAAGGUGGCUUUAUAUGAGGUUAUAAGGCAAAACAAAAAUAUAUUUUAAUCAAUUUCUAAGUUAAUCUCCGCCAACGCUUUAUAUGAAAUGCUAAUAUUUUGUGUAUGAAUGAAAAUAUGCCUGUAGUAUAUAUAUAGUGUAGUGUUUGUUUGUAUGCAUGUAGAACUGUUGGAACACAGCUAGAAAUCAUGGUAAAACUAACAAUAACACUGUUCUGAGUGUUGGGUUAUUAAGACAAGUGAAAAAAAAACAAUAAUAAUCAACGAAAAUUACCAUAAAAAUUAAACAUUGAAAUUUAAGUAUUAAAAUAGAUGUAGCAGUAACUUAAAUAUUUUUAAGUACCAAGUAUAUAGACUUAAGUGCGUUAAAUUUAUUUAACUUGCAAAUAAUACUCCCGAAAGCUUUUGUUUAGCAAAAGUAAAAAAAUAUAAUAAUAUUAAUCACAUUAAUAAAUACAGAAUUUAAUUUUUUACACUU